AUGAGGAGGCCGCUGGGGUUCCUGGUGCUGUUCUUGGCGGCGGCGGCGGCGGUGACGGUGCUGGUCGGGCCGUCGAGAGAGGGAGGGGUGCAUUUCUUGUGGGGCUGGAGAUGGCCUUAUUCUUCCUCCUCCUCCACUCCUCCGGCUAAAAUGGUUUUGGAUGGGGAUCUUGUGGACAAAGUAUGCUCACUUUGCCUACAAGACAUUGUUGGCGCAGAGGAGAUAUUAGGCAUUGGACAAUCAUCAUCUGCUUCGGAUGGAUUGUCGAGUCGCGCGACGGAGAAUGAAGUGAAGACAGUGUUGCUUCUGGAACUUCUAGCACUUCUUCCACCUCACAAGUCUUCGUUCGCUCAUGACUGUAUCCGCGCGAAUUAUCCUGGCUUGGGCAUUGGGCAGCAGUUUAGCGUUGGAUUAAGAAACUAUGCUGAGAACCAGCAGUCGUUGCUUGGUUCAAACUUCUAUCCAAGGCGGAAUUUGGCUGGUCGGCGGAUUAGAUUUGCUCCUUCCAUGUCCCCGGAUUUUGCGACAGCCGCGUCAUUUGGAGGCGAAGCUCAGCUUUCUCUUGCCGUGUCAGAACCACCAGUUACACCUCCCAACAAGCAUCUCCAUGAUAAAGCUGGACAGAAGCAUCGGGGAGUGCCUCCUCCAGCUUCAACUUCGGAGAAGCGACACAAAUAUAUAAAAUUAGUCUUGACUGUUGUGCUGCCGACGGCGGCAUUUUCGUUCAUUGCUGCAUUUCUGAUUUUCUACUGCUGUGGAUGCAACAAGAGCAAGGUUUCUGUCGGUGAGCCGCGAGAUGAUCACCCUCUUCUUCACAUGCAGUUAGCUAAUACGCCUGGUUCGUCACCCAACGUUCGUGUUCCCACCAUCCCACCUCACAAGGAUGAUCAAGGGGCCAGACCUUCUAAAGCUGGAGUCAGCCUGAGUCAGUGCUUUUCAUGCUGUUUCAAAACCUCCACUGAUGCAACAAUACCUGCACAAGGUACUGGAGGAACACAGAAUAAUAAUGCCACAAGUGGUGCUCCUGAACCAAUGCCUCCACCCCCGCCCCCGCCUCCACCUCCACCGCCACCUCCUCCUAUCAAGAAGUCUGGUCCUCCCCCACCUGGACCUCCCAAAGGUUCAUUAGCAAGAUUUCCUCAGCUGUCACCUGUUGAGUCAAGUCAUUCUGAAGGAUCAUCUACAAGCGACAAGGCCAGUGAAUCAUCUGAAGCUGAAGUGAAUGCUCCAAGAACCAAACUUCGGCCUUUCUAUUGGGACAAAGUUCGUGCUAAUCCUAACCAGUCAAUGGCCUGGCAUGACAUCAAAUUUGGUUCUUUUCAUGUGAAUGAGGAUAUGAUAGAAGCAUUGUUUGGUUAUGGUGCUGGCAACAGAAGCAACGCCAAGGACAAGGAACUUGCCAUGCCAGACCCUUCACCUCAACAUGUUUCUCUUCUUGAUUUUAAGAAAUCAUGCAACCUGGCAGUCGUUUUUAAGGCAAUGAAUGUCAGGGUAGAGGACAUUCAAAAUGCUCUCAUUGAAGGAAAUGAACUGCCUAGACUACUUCUUGAGACAAUCUUGAGAAUGAAACCAACUGAUGAGGAGGAGCAGAAACUCAGGCUUUAUGACGGGGACUACUCGCAACUAGGUCUUGCAGAACAAGUGAUGAAGGCCUUGACUGAGAUUCCUUUUGCUUACAAGAGGAUCAGUGCUUUACUUUUUAUGACCUCUUUGCAAGAAGAUGCUUCAAGUCUCAGGGAUUCAUUCCUGCAACUGGAGGCUGCUUGUGGGGAACUGAAACACCGCCUCUUUCUGAAGCUACUAGAAGCUGUUCUCAAAACUGGAAACCGUUUGAAUGAUGGGACCUUCCAUGGUGGUGCUAAUGCAUUCAAGCUUGACACCCUUCUGAAGUUAUCAGAUGUCAAGGGUGCAGAUGGAAAGACUACAUUGCUUCACUUUGUUGUCCAAGAGAUUAUUCGAUCCGAAGGUAUCCGUGAAGCAAGGUUGGCCAUGGAAAGUGGAAGAACUCCACCUUCAGGAGACGAUUCUAAUGGAUCUAUCCAGGAAGAUGACGAGUAUUACUCCAACCUCGGCCUUAAGAUUGUAUCAGGGCUUAGCAGUGAGUUGGUUAACGCCAAGAACAUAGCUGCACUGGAUGCUGAUGCUUUGUCUACCAGUGUGUUGAACCUCAGGAAUGAGUUGCUGAAAGCAAAAGAGUUCCUGAACUCAGACAUGGCAACAAUAGAAGAGAAGAGUGGGUUCCACCACUCAUUGGUAAGUUUCGUGGAACACGCAGAAAAUGAAACCAACUUUCUGUUCAAAGAAGAGAAGAGACUGAGAUCAUUAGUGAAGAAAACAAUUCGGUAUUUCCAUGGAAACGAUGUGAAAGACGAUGGAUUUGGCCUCUUUGUCAUUGUAAGAGAUUUCUUGGUGAUGCUAGAUAAGGCUUGCAAGGAAGUUGGGGCAUCACAGAAGAAGGCGGCAAGUAAAUCUCUGAGCAGUAACAGUUGCAACCCAGCAUCCCAGGUAAAUCCCCAGGAGAAACAGUUUCCUCCAGUUUUGGAUCAUCGGUCAGAUAGUUCGGACUCGAAUGAUUAACUUCGGGAUAUAGCAUUAGAUGUACUUUUUAGGCGAUUUCUUUUCCCCGAGACCAUGCAAAGUAUCCAUUUGCAGAGGCAUUACUGUAUACAUACACAUGCCACAUACACAUGGCAUAGCACAUGGUUUCAGAGGCAUUAUUGUAUACACACAUACCACAUACACAUAUAUAUUACAUGG